AUGAUUAAAACUGCAUAUAAAAAGCAGCCACUCAUUCCUAAAUUGUCUAAUUUAACUUCUGCAAUUGAAAUUUAACAGCCUUUAUCUUGUAGAUAAUAAAAAUAGACAUAUGUUUCAUUUAUUUAACCUUCAAUAAAAACUACAAGACAUAAGGAAAAUAGUUAUAAAUAUACAAAAACUCCAACAAAAUCAGAUCAUGCUAGCUUGAAUGUUAGUAAACAUAGCAGAUCACCAAAUAGUUCUCAAAUUCAAUCUAGUUAAGCAAUCUUAAAUGUUUUAAAUCAAAAUAUCAGAUUAAGAUAAUAACAAUAAUCAUAUUAAUAAUAAAACUAUAAGUCAAACAAUGUUACUCCCUAAAAGCAAAUUUAACAAGAAGAAUAGAAUAAAAUUGAUAAAUAAUAAACAUAAGAGUUGUACUAAUAAAUAAUUAAAUAAAGACAAUAAAGUAUUCGAAAUAUUUAACAAACUAUUUGUUGCAUAAAUCAUGCAGAGAAAAAAGCAAAAUAUUUUAAAGUAAAUGAAAAACAAGAGAGAUUAUAUUUAUGUUCUUUUUGUGCUAUUUAAGAAGCUUAUGAUGGAUUCAUAUAUGAUAUGAAAACUAAUUCUAUAAUUCCUAAAAAACAAUAAUAAAGAAGUUGGACUUUGAAAUAUGAAGAACCUAUCACUAUAGAAUAGAAUAAAAAGUUAUAAUAAUUAAAUGAAUUCUUAGAAUUAGCUAAAUAAUUAUAUGAUUCUGCAAAAACAAAAAAAGAAAUAUCAUUAAAGUAUAACAUCUAAGAAAUUCUUGCAGAAAUUGAAAACAUUAGUUAAGAUAUUAUAAAUAAUGCAUAAAAUAUAAUCCAAAAUGUAGAAUCAAAAUCAUUCUAGAUGAUAUUGUAAAAUUAUGUAAAUAGAUUGCAAUAAUUUGAUAUAAUUAUUAACAAACAAAAUUCUAUAAAUAAAUUACCUUUGAAAAAGUAAGUUUUAAUUAGUUUCUAAAAUAAAGAUAGCUUUGUAAAUCCUGAUUAAAUGGAAUCAACAGAUUCACUUAUGUUAAGAGAAUCAGAAACUUAGCACUUUUUGGAUGAUUGUAGUGAUGUUACUUUAUAUUCACCAAAUUUCUGA